AUGGCAUCGAACCGUGCAAAUGUGUGUGAAAGUGCUCUGAAAAACAAAUCCUGUAAUAAGUGUAAAAAAAACCUAGUUAAAGGUGUAAAGUGCACCCUAUGUGAGAACAACUUCCAUACAAGCUGUGCGAGAAAUAUCAAUGUCAAAUUUCUCAACGAAGACAUGGUAAUAUGUUGUCCCUCCGAAAAAGUUAGCUGUGAUAACGACCAAGCGUUUUUUGAUGCGAUGGAAAACCUAGCAGGCGAAAGUAAGGUAGUCGAUCUUAAUAUUUUUAAUUAUAUUGUCAAACAAAAAGAUGAAAUUAUACAAGAACUUCGCGACAAGAUAGACUUGAUGCAAGAACAAAUUGUUCUAUUAAAAGGAAUGACGAAUGUUUCACCCGUAAAAAGUCUUGGAGACACCAACAAAAAACAAGAUUCGGGAAAAAACGAUUCCCACAUAGCAGAUAAAGAGAAUGUGUCCAGGCCUGUGAAUCUGAACCCUCCCAACAGCGUUGCCGGGUGUUCAAAAAUUUCUGAUAGUUUGACUAUUACCGAAAAACAUGUUUCACAACCCUUGUUGCAACUUGCCACGCAACAAAAGUGUGAAGAGAUUAUCAAUUUAGCGAAUAACAUGGAGGCCAACAGCAGUGACUGGAAAUUAGUUAAAAGAGCAAAACCCAGAAGAAAACUGGUUGUUGGCGAUAAUAGUUCCAUCAAAGUCAAUGGUAAGGAACUGAAGGGCAUUCCAAAAAUGGCCUGUCUACAUGUAUACCGGGUUGAUCCCACGAUGACCGCGGAGGAGCUGAAACAAUCUCUAACUCCCCAUUUCUCUGAAGUUAAAAUUGAGACUCUAACUUCCAAGCAUCCAGAUAUCUACGCUUCUUUCAAAGUCUCAAUUCAUGAAUCCCAUUUCGAUGCUGCAAUGGAUCCAACUAAAUGGCCCAAAGGAGCAUACGUUCAACGCUUUUUAAACUUUCGGAGGUCUGUGAACCCUCCUCCAACUUAGGUGAUUUACCAAAGCAAGUCGACCUAUUGCUGCUAAAUGCAGAAUGUUUGAACUAUGACAAACUCGACUACAUCAGUGCUGAAUAUCUAACUGACAAAUAUCAACUUAAUUUUAUAUGUUUGACAGAGACCUGGUGGUCUGAAAGCUCUGUAAACUCUUUUCAUUUUCCUGACUUCACUCUUUCUAACUCAUAUCACAGAAUCAAUUGUAUAGGUGGUGGAGUUGGUAUAUGGUCCCAGACCGAUUUAGAUGUAACUCCGUUGAAUUUACAAGAGUACUGUAUUGAAAAAAACAUUGAGAUUUGUGGUGUCCUGUGGAAAAAUAAUAAUACUAAUAUUCUCAUUUUGACUUGUUACCGCUCUCCAUC